UCAGAGGAAAUUAAUCUGUAAUGAGAAGGGAAUAUCAGUUUGUCUUUGUGUGGGCUGACCUGCUAACUGGAAACUGCUGGGCUUGUUUGCUGAGACAGCACCUGUGCUCUGUUUCCCAGCCAAGAGGGGUGAGUGUUCAGUUCAGAAGGAGCUAUCCAGAACUCAGACAUUCAGGAACUGUGUAGAGAUGCUGCUGCUUAAAGAGCUAUCCAGCGUUUCAGCAUCACAGCAAUCUGUUUGGGAUUCUCAGUUUACGGUUGAGCCUCCAGAGCAGAGUACCUGCAGAAGGAUGCACAAAAGGACAACAGAACCUCAGCUAACAAGGAAAUCUUGAAAAUAGGAGAGUUAGAAGUACAGAUGCAAGAACACUUCCCAAGAACUGCAUGACCAGUCUAAGUAAAUCAAGAAGAAAGUGCUUUAAAAGGUAAAUGACAUGAAGACCAGUCAUGACUUUAUCCUAAACAGCUGUAAGAAUGAGGGAUAUGAAGCAAGUCUCUGAGCCUCAAGGAAUUUCAAAUGGAUGGACCUCAUCUGUGAUCUUUUUUUAAAAAAAGCUCUGCACUUCCCAGGUUCACCUAAACUAAACAUUAAUCAGAGGACACAAGUCUUGGUAACUGUGGAAAAUGGAUAAUUUUUCCUCUCAAUCUGAACCCAAUGUUUCCUGCCCUGAGGUGGAUGUUGGUUGCCAUGGCACAGGACAUUGGUGGCAGAACAUGUCAGCUCCACAACUGAUCCCCAAGUUCUACAUCGCUGUGCCCAUCAUUUACUCUGUUAUCUGUGCUGUAGGACUCACUGGCAACUCUGCUGUCAUUUAUGUCAUCCUAAAAGCUCCCAAAAUGAAGACAGUGACCAACAUUUUCAUCCUAAAUCUGGCUAUUGCUGAUGAGCUCUUUACUUUGGUUCUUCCCAUCAACAUAGCGGACUAUCUGCUGCUUCAGUGGCCUUUUGGUGAAUUCAUGUGCAAACUGAUUAUCUCCAUAGACCAAUACAACACAUUUUCAAGCAUUUAUUUUCUAACUGUCAUGAGCAUUGAUCGAUAUCUGGUGGUGGUUGCCACUAUCAAAUCAAAGAAAAUGUCCUAUCGCACAUACAGGGCUGCAAAGUUGGUGAGUGUGUGCGUUUGGUUUUUUGUCACAGUAAUUAUCUUGCCCUUCAGUAUCUUUGCCAAGAUACAUACCGAAGAGGGGAGAUCCCAGUGUGUAUUUGUCUUUCCCAAUCCAGAGGGCUUCUGGUGGAAAGUGAGCCGGCUCUAUACCCUGGUUGUGGGUUUUGCCAUUCCAGUGUCCACCAUUUGCAUCCUGUACAGUGUCAUGCUUUACAAACUAAGGCACAUGCAUCUCCACAGCAAUGCUAAGGCCUUGGAUAAAGCCAAGAAGAAAGUGACCAUAAUGGUGCUGAUAAUCUUGGCUGUAUGCCUGUUUUGCUGGACCCCCUAUCAUCUCAGCACUGUAGUAGCCCUCACCGCAGAAAUCCCGCAAACCCCUCUGAUAAUUGGGAUCUCCUAUUUCAUCACCACCCUGAGUUAUGCUAACAGUUGCCUCAAUCCAUUCCUUUAUGCUUUUUUAGACAAUACUUUCCGGAAGAGUUUUCGCAAGUUGAUUGAAUGUGGGACUUCCUCAUAAAAUUCUGAUCUCUUUUAAAACCACCCCUUGAGUCCCUUUAAAAUUGAAUGUUUCAUUUUAAGAAGCUUUGUGAAGCACCAUUGGAAAGGGACAGCUUGGCCCGCAAACCAAAUCUAAACUUUUUGUAAGCUCAAGAGACAGGAACUGGCUGGUUCUGUUCUUUCACUAGCAACCAAUGUACUUAGACUGGAUGCAAAAGCUUGUUGAAU